GGGAACCUGACAGUAUUAUCUGUCAUCCAGCACACACGGCACAAAGGGAAAAACAACUUGCAGAAUGGACAAGGCUUACUCUUUUAAUAAACCGAAGGUUGAACUUCAUGUCCAUUUGGAUGGAAGCUUCAAGCCAGAGACUAUCAUCCAUUUUGCAAAGAAAAGACAAAUCCAAAUCCCAGCAGACACAGUUGAAGGACUCCUACAGAUUAUAUCCUAUAGAGAACCUCUCAGUCUCACGGAAUUCUUGGCCAAAUUCAAUCAUUACAUGCCUGCCAUAGCGGGUGACAGAGAAGCUAUUAAGAGAGUCGCCUAUGAGUUUGUGGAAAUGAAAGCAAAAGAAGGCGUAGUGUAUGUAGAGGUCAGAUACAGUCCUCACUUUCUGGCCAAUUCCAAAGUUGAUCCAAUCCCUUGGGGACAAAAAGAGGGUGACAUCACACCAGAUGAUGUAGUUGACCUUGUCAAUCAAGGAUUACGGGAGGGAGAGAAAGCAUUCAACAUCAAAGCCAGGUCUAUUCUAUGCUGCAUGCGGCACAUGCCAAAAUGGUCAUUAGAGGUGGUUGAACUCUGCAAGAAGUACCAGAAUGACACAGUAGUUGCCAUUGACUUGGCCGGUGAUGAAUCUCUGAAUUCCGAGUCAGCACCAGGACACAUGAAAGCAUAUGAGGAAGCUGUAAGAUGUGGAAUACAUAGAACUGUCCAUGCUGGAGAAGUGGGACCCCCAAGCGUUGUUAAGGAGGCUGUUGAGGUACUUAAAGCAGAACGAAUUGGCCAUGGAUACCACACAAUUGAGGACCCCAGUUUGUACAAGGAGCUGUUGAAUAUGAAGAUGCACUUUGAGACAUGCCCGUGGUCCAGUUACCUUACAGGUGCCUGUGAUCCUGACUUUGCUAAACAUCCAGUCAUUAAAUUUAUGAAAGACAAAGCAAAUUACUCCUUGAACACAGAUGAUCCUCUGAUAUUUAGAUCUACACUUGACAUAGACUAUGCCAUUGCAUAUAAUCACAUGGACUUCACUGAAGAAGAGUUUAAGCGGGUGAAUAUUAACGCAGCAAAGUCCAGCUUUCUACCAGAUAAAGAAAAGAAGGAACUUCUAUACAAACUGUAUGACGCUUAUGGCAUGGUGCUGACCACAAAACUAUGAACAUAACUGAGAACAUACCAUAUGACAUUGGUUCCCGUAUUGCAGACUGUUUUCCCAUUUGCACCCAAGUCUUCCAGCAGGCCCCAUUUUAUGAAUAUACGAAUCUGUAAAGCAGCCCAGAUACACCCAUGGGAGCUCAUUCUAAGAUAUCCUUAAAAUGUGGACUGCUGACAGGAUGGCACUUGAGAAAUGCUGCUGUUUGAGGACAGGACAUCUCUGAAUAGGACAGGUUUUCCUGAUUGCACUAUAACAAAACAAACCAAAUAGACAUUGUUUCAGUUUAUACCAUUUUAUCUCUAUUAAUCAGUGAGAUUACACAUUACUUUGGUGACUGAAGCCGCCCUUAAUAUCCACAAAAAUAUUCCAAUAAGGACAUGCCUGUAUUUAAUUCAGAGCUGUGAAAGUGAGCAUAAGGAUGUGCAGCUGGAAAACAAAACAACAUUCUUACUGCUGGUGUCAAGGAAUUUUCACUGUUUGUGCGCACAAACUAUAUAUUAUAAAUGUAAGAGCAUAUAUGCCUAGAACUAUAAACUCUUAACAAGCAAUAAAAGCUGCUGCAGCAGGCAGGGAUGCUAUUGUUACAGAGAUUUUCAGUCAGCAGCCAGUCAUUAUCUAUUACCUCCAUAUUGGCACUUCCAUCAUUCAGUGAAGAUCGGGUCAUCGGAGAAGUGAACCACUGUGAUUAAUGCAAGUUGAUAAUUUUUGAUAUAUCAAAAAGUUCAAUAGAGCACAGGUGUAUGUCAAUUUUAUACCACUAUUUUCGUGUUUCAUACUGCAGAAAUAUCAUUGUUUCAGACCACAAAAUGGCUACCUUCAAUGUGUGUAAAAAGGUCCACUUUAAGCCCCACUUUUACAUGGGUUAAUUUUUGCGUACCUCCAACCAUAAUCAAUGAUAAGUGCGAUUAUGAAGCCACCAUAUUGUGCAGUGUUGUACAGAGCGCGUUUGUCCCUCCCGAUUAAAUACAUUUCCUAACACACAUGCGCUAGGAUCCAUUUUAGUCACCAGACAGUUAACUUACCAGUAUUUUUUUGGAGUGUGGGAGGAAAAUCACACAAACCAAAGAGAACACACAAACUACACACACAUGAAGCCCUGAUUGUGAAUGAAACACAUGUCCACAGCAUUAUAAGAAACAAAACUCCCAAAAGCAGUAAUCUUGACUACUGCAUUACUUAAGGCCCGUAGGACACUAGGAGAUUCUGUAAGAGAUAUCGCUCAUUUUUAUCCUCCUGAGAGAUAUAAUUUACAAUAUCACCCAGUGUGUAUGCUGCUGAUGCAUCCUGCCGGGGGCCAUUGACACUUUGAUUCAACGUUAUCUGGUUUCAUACAUACAGAGGCUUGUUGUAAGUGUCUAAUAGCGCUGGUUAUAGCGCAUUAGACACUUACCUACUUUUACAUCUCCCUCAGCAUUACUUGCAGAUUUCUCCAGUUUUUUUUGUUUUUUGUAGCUCCUCUCUGCACACUUUCUUCAUGUCUUCGAUCAGCCGGAAGAUAUAUUUUCAUUUUCCUAAGAUAAAACACAUGGCUGCACUCAGGAUACAAUGCAGAGCUCAGCACCAACACAGCACAAUGUCCCAGGGCAAUGACAGCAUUGAUUCGGAGUUUACCAGAGGUGACCGGCACUGGAGAGCAAUGUAUUUAGUGGAAGAAACAGGACAGCUUGUACAAGCCAAUAAAACACAUUAUCUGGAAGAAAACCCUUUCAUUUUUAGAUUAUAAAUAAUGGAUAUAUUAUUUAUACGAAACCGGUUUUUCUUUGUCGAUAUGAAAUGCACUUAUCUAGCCUACUACACAGAAGGAAAGUAUGUAUGCAUGUUGUGCUGUUGACAUACUGUGUAUAGUAGGCACUUGCACAAGCUGUUAUCUCUGUGUUAGACAUAUUUAUGAUAAAAGAACAAAAACAAUAAGGGAAUACAGUCACAGGCUGGGUCACCGGGGUCAGUGCUGGUGCGUAGAAUGUGCUGAAUACUAUAAGCAAAACAUGCCUGUGUUUUAUAUAAGUAACUGAGGGGAAAGGUUAACGCAGUAACCUCCACAAUAGAAGUGUAACCAUCCAACCAUUUCCUCUAGGACUGUACAUCUCCAAUAAAGUUCUUAGGGGUGGAAUACUA